AUGACAGGCCAGACCUCUGAAUUGGAUUUUGAAGCGGUCCCAGGGGCGUUUCGUGCCAUGUCGUUGGCGAAGUAUGGUGCGGUUUGCAACAUCCCACGCGAGCAGCGAUUUCAGGUCACUCCUGACGAGCUUCUGGUGGGCCUAGGCCUCGGGCAGCACGCUACGGUGGAGCUUCACGGCUUGAAAAAGGCGGAGUUAAAUGGCAAGCAAGGCACAGUGGUGGGUUACAAUCCCCAAACCCAGCGGUGGACAGUUCGGCUGCAUGAUGAGCAUUCAGAAGUCGCACUUCUGGGAACCAAGCUGGUGGUCGAGAGGGCCGCACGUACCGGAACCUUCCGACUGGAGACGCUGCUCAUUGACGUGCGGGACAACGAGGAUUUCGUGAAUUACCACAUCCCGGGUGCCAUCAACAUUCCGUACAGCAAGAUGUUCAUGGAUCAGCAACGGACGCUUUCCAAGCUGAAAGAAUGGAAUCUCGCAACGACCCGAAUUAUCACAUACGCGACACAUGACAGCAAGUUCAUCCACACCACAGUCGGUCGAGACUUGUCUGCCUCGAACUGGCUCUGGGAGAUUCUCGGGCAUCCGCUUACAAUGCUUGCCACCCUUAGUGGUGGCUUUGCUGGCUGGGUCAAGGAGGGUCGCCCCGUGGAGGCAGGGUCCAUGUCCGAGGGCGGAGCAAGGAAAAUCUUUGUGAGCGAGGACGUCCCCAAAGCAUUUUCCGGAGACAGAGAUGCGUAUCUAAGAGCUUCCGAGAAAGAGGCAGCAGCAGAGGCAAAGCCAGUCUCAGACAUCAAAGAGCUUCGGAAGCAUGCUGACUCAAACGCCAUCGGCGAGGAGCCAGCGCCGAAGGCAGCAGCAAAAGCUGCAAGCGAGGUGCCAGAAGGGCCAUCAAUUUGGGAGGUGGUUGGUGGCGCGGACAAGGGUGGCAUCGUUGUCCGUAAGAGCCGGGACACUGCAUCAGAGCAGGAGCCACAACGACUAGCAACUGGUGCUUUGAUUCAGCAGCGGCAGCUGGUGGGAGAGCGCUUGCACUACCGACUUCACACAGGUGAAGGUCCUAUCGAGGGCUGGGUGAGCAUCCGACUAAAGACCAAAGACCUGGUAGCGAAAACAUCACGCUGCUCCGCGGCAGUGGCCAACACGAGAGGGCUUCUUGGCUUUGUAGGAGUCUACUGGGAAGGGCCCAGCAAGAUGUUUCUAGUCGACAAAGAGCUGUUGUGGGCGGCCCUGACCAGUUUGGCGCAGGCUGUAGCCUUUGAACACAAGGGCCAUCGCUUCCAGGCGCAGCUCUACAGUUCCCCACAGGUGCCGCUGCUGGCUGCAGAGGUCUUCGGCUUCUCCGGUGUUGUCAUGCCGGCUCCCACGAGCUCGACGCCUUGGACCGCUCCUGCAAAGCCGUUGAAGGCCCCGGUCGCAGAAAACCGUGGGCUCUUCGCCGUUUACCUGCAGAGCGCUCUGCAGGUUCUGCGUGAGUUCACUGUUCGUGUGCAGUGCCUCGUCGCCUCAUCCUGGCGACGCGGACCCAAGGCCUUGACAGCCUGCCAGCUCCAGGUGCUGGAAGCAGACGUGGUAGAGCUCGCGCCUCUCAUGAGGAUUGCAGCAGCAGGACUUGCUGGCUGGAUCUGUCUGAGUCGCGACCUGGACGAGCGCGGUGUCGUGCAGCGCGAGGAGGCCCUGAGCAAGGUGAUCUACGAACUCUGCGGAUCUUUGCGAGCUUUAGAGCGAGCUAUGUCCUUGCGUGGCUUUGUGGACCUCGGCCAUUCUACGGCCUGUGCGCUCUCCGGCGCUCAAGAAGAGGCCCGGCACAGCUUGUAUCAGCUUCUGCUCAGCUUCGAGCACUCUGGCUUGGAGCAGGUCGUGAUGCCACCGCUGUACAAGCGGAUGCUGGAUGCAGUGACCGCCUGA